AUGAUACAGUUCAACAACAGACGUUGGACGACGUCGAACAGCGCCAUGGAUACCGAUCCAAGUGUGUUGAUUGUUGGAGCUGGUGCUGCAGGAAUUGCUGCCGCUACUCGGUUGCUGGAGCGUGGCUUUCAAAGUAUUACAAUUCUCGAAGCUAAUGAUCGCAUUGGUGGCCGAAUUCACUCGGUACGACGCGGCACGAACGUUCUUGACUAUGGUGCACAAUGGGUGCACGGUAAGGACAAUAACUUUAUCUACGACAUGGCCAACGAGUACGAUUUGAUCGAGGUGGAGGACCAUAUGGAAAACGAACUGUACUAUACAUCAAAAGGAUCGAUGGUGCCGAAGGAGAAGUCCGACCGGUUCAUGCAGACCUUGAACGAUUUAAUGGAAGCAAAUGAGGACGAUUUAAGAAAGUUCUCUGGAUCGUUGGGAGCAUUCUACGACAAAGUAUUUCACGAAGGCUUACGUGCAGGUUGCUUCAAGGGUAUAGACCGGCGGACCUGCCAGCAAAUGUACGACUUUUUUGUAAAAUACCAUAAUACCUACAAUGCCACCGACACACUACACGAAGUUUCCGGAGCCGGUUUACUCGAAUUUGAGGAUCAUCAGGAUGAGUAUCUGAUUAACUGGAAGAACCGUGGAUUUCACACCAUCCUUGAUCUGCUUAUGAAAAACCUACCCGAGCAAAAUUGUACACCCAUUCCGGUGGAAAAGUACGUCAGAUUCAACCAUACCGUUUGUUCUAUCAAAUGGAACGGAUCAGCAGCUACGGUCACGUGCACCAACGGAGCUACCUUUGCCGCUACCCAUCUCAUUGUCACCGUUUCUCUGGGGGUCCUGAAAGAGAUGCACACCGUUUGGUUCGAUCCGCCUCUACCCGAGCCAAAGCGAAACGCCAUCGAGGGUCUGUACAUCGGUACGAUCGACAAAAUGUUUCUCGAAUUCGACGAACCGUUCUGGCCACGGGAUUGGCAUGGUUUCGGGUUGCUGUGGGAACCGGACGACUUGGUUGAGCUACAAGCAACCCCGAAUCGCCAGUGGCUCGAGAGCGUAUGUAGCUUCUUUGUACCCGAUCGCACAGAGCGGCUGCUUGUCGGCUGGAUCUACGGGCACCAUGCGCGCACGAUGGAAUCACUUCCUGAGGCCGACGUUAUCGAUGGGUUGAUGUAUCUUCUGUGCAAGUUUCUGCCCCCGGAUCAGUUCCGGUUGCACCGAUCGACCCGACCGGCGUGGUUUUCUCGCAGUCGAUGGUACAGUGAUCCACACUUUCGUGGGUCCUACAGCAGUCGAUCGAUCAAAUCGGACGCAAUCGAUGCAACGGCAGCCGACCUUGCAUAUCCACUCACGACACGAAGUUCGGGAGGCUCGAAUGUUAUCUUACCGAUCGUGCAGUUCGCCGGUGAAGCUUCUCAUCCGCAGUUCUACUCAACCGUACAAGGGGCGGUCGCAAGCGGUUGGCGUGAAGCGGAUCGAUUGAUCGACAUUUACCAGCCAAAUAUGCCCAAUCGUCCAGCAGCUCCAACGACGAAACUCCUACCAAUGAAAGGAAAACUGUGAGUAAAGUGCCAUGGUUUCUCAGUAUUGCAGCAAGGUACGAUCUAAUAAACUUGUGUUUAAUUGUUUUAUUGAA